AUGAGCUCUGCCUCCGACUACGUUGACGACGGGCCGUCGGACGAUUCCAGCGCACAUUCACGCCGCCAGUCGCCUCGCAGGCGCCCCAGUGUACAGUCCAUCGACCCCCUAUGCGUACGCAAGGACUAUCUCGAGAGCAAAUACAGCGAUGCAUAUCGCGUGCUCUUCAACCACGAAGUCCACCGGGCAGCCGCGCGCUUUGAGACGGAGACUACGGGCCAUCAAUACUACAGAUGGCACGUUGGCGCCUCGACAUGGUCGCCCCAAGAACAGGCCACCCUGUUCGCCGCCCUAGAGCGAUUGGGAAGAGAAGAUGUUCCAGGCAUAGCUGCAGCGAUUGGCACCAAGAGCGUACCAGAGAUCCGCGAGCUGCUCGUGUUGCUCCACGAUGCUGCAGCCAAGCAGGGCGAUGCCAAGGUGACACUUCGCGACGUCCCUGCCGCCACUGAGCUGAGCAGUGAGUGCAUCGAGCAGCUGGAUGCUGCUGGGGAAGCGCUUGCUUGGCUCCAGGAAGUCUUUGAAGCCAGCCAGGAGAAGGAGAAAUUCGGCGACCUCUGGCUGAUUACUCCUGCUGUUGCCAACGAGAUUGAGAGCGCCAUCGACCCCAGCCGCAUACGAGAGCCUACAACACCCAUUAUGAGCGAGCCAGAAGCUCGCGCAAGGGGAGGGCGAGUAGUCGCAGGCGCAUGUCUUUCGUGCAAGAAGUUUAAGCAAAAGUGCGACCGCGAAACCCCAUGUGGCAACUGCCAGCGGCGAAAGACUGAAUGCGUAUACUCCCACCAGUCUCCCAGAGCUGAACGGCCCGAGACCCCCAAGGACGAAUCCACUAUGGCCGGUAUCCUCCAAGCGAUACCGGAAGCAAACUUGCUACAGCCACAAGUCAUGCUCACAUUAUCCAAAACCCUCUUCAUGAACCGCUCUCCGACGAUUCCUUCUCCCUGGCCGCACUGGUCCGAAUAUACGUCUGAGCUCGCUCAGGAACCCUCCAUCUACCGUAGUGCCUUUGGCGAUUUCCACAACUUGGUUAUUUCUCUCACUAAACGACUUAUGCAAACGGCCAUUUUUCAAGCGACAUCACGUCUCCGGUCGCAACGUUAUAGAGUAAAGAAGAAUGCCAUUCCGUUGGUCAAGAGAAGGGACGUCCUAGCUGCCAUCGACAUUCUGGGCAUGCAGAGAAACAGCCAAGAGCGAUGGAAAGGUGUCGCCCGACGGUGUGCACUGAGAGUUUAUGAUGGCCAGUGGUCUCGUCACCGUCAUAAGAGAACCAGGAGAGAGGUGCCUUGGGACGAGGUUGAAAGGAUCAUGACAUCAGUGGAGCAGCCUGCUGAUACCCUUACGACCGACGCUGAAACUUCCGAAAACGAUCAUGUCGAGUUCAGGUCAAGGGCUUCACGAAAGGGAACACCUCUGCCUAUGGAUCGGCUUGCACUAUCCGACUCGGACGACGAGUCACUAAUAUACGAAAGUAAGCCAGUCUCUCAAAGCGCGCCGAAAUCCCGAGAUUCGAUUGGACGAUAUACCAGUUCCUUGAGCCUUGAGCAAUUCGAUCAAGAAGCAAGCCGGCAGGAAGAGCAUUCCCUUUGGGGCAUGCUUGACCUUGAGCCACCCGCCAAAGACGACGAGUGCAAGAGCGACGAGGAUAGUGAUGCAGGCAGUUUGGGAGAUGAGAAUAUCGUUACGCACGUUGACGGAUGGCGGUCUUGGACAGACUAUCGUGCGGAUUGGGAGGAAUACGAAGUACCACCGAACACAGCCGACUUUAUUGCAAAUCAGAAACCUCUUGCAGCGCCGCCUGCUCUACAAGAAGGGACCACGGAUGGUGUUGACUCAGUCUUGGGAGAUGAUAUAGGCCUCUCAAGGAAAGAGAAGGUCCAGCAGCGCCAGACAAAACCAGCAGCAAUUGAACUGCAGGCCUGGGGUACGCAAGCGUAUGCCAAAUUGCAAGGACAGACUCAGGAAAAUGCAGACUACAUGAACGAAAACAGUAGUCAAAAUGACGAUUCAAGCGACAAUGCAGCACACCAUCGACCCAUCCAGUCUAUUGAAAAUAGUACAAUGGUGUCAUCGCCUGCCCCAAGAUCAAGUGACGAUAGUGAUGGCGAUGAUGUGAGCAUGGAGAAGCCGGCAAAGUCGAUUGAAAGGGAUGGUCGAAUCUUUCCACUGAGUCCAUCAGAUGAUGAAGACCAUACUAUGACACAAGGCUGGCCCAUGCCACGUAUUCAGGCCCGUAGUAAACCCCCACCAACGGUUACAUUGGUUGCUUCAACGACAGCGACAAAGGAUGCGCGCCACGCGCCCCAAGAACCUAGCUGCGGGGCCCCAUUUUGUGCUCGUAGAGUUACUCCUGGUGGUCAUGUUGUAAUGGUGCCGGCACAGAUGCAGGGACGUGGAGAGGCAAAGGGAACGGGAGACGGAAAAGGAGAGUAA